UUCGUCUUUCCUAAACCCUAGAUAUAAAUUGGAUCAUCUUCCCUGCGCAUCGUCUCUCGCUAUCAAAUUUUCCCUCUGACUGCAAGCGGAGAAUCGCUCCUUAGCGCUUAGCAUUCUCAUUUCCGUAUCUCUUCGCAGCCAUGUCUAAGCGGAAGGUUAGAGAGGUCAAGGAGGAGCCUACCAGCCUUGGACCUGCUGUGCAGCCUGGACAGACCGUUUUUGGCACUGCUCACAUUUUUGCAUCAUUCAAUGACACCUUCAUUCAUGUUACUGAUCUUUCUGGAAGAGAAACGUUGGUUCGUAUUACUGGUGGUAUGAAGGUGAAAGCUGAUAGGGACGAGUCCUCCCCCUAUGCUGCUAUGCUUGCAGCACAGGAUGUUGCUCAAAGAUGCAAGGAACUCGGCAUUAAUUCUCUGCACAUAAAGCUUAGAGCUACAGGAGGAAACAAGACCAAGACUCCUGGCCCUGGUGCUCAGUCAGCACUUAGGGCUCUUGCUCGUUCUGGCAUGAAAAUUGGGCGUAUUGAGGAUGUUACUCCAAUCCCUACAGACAGCACUCGUAGAAAGGGAGGCAGGAGGGGAAGGAGGCUGUGAAUCGUCGCUUGCGCUUUUCGCCUCUAACGAUAUCUAUGCUUAAGCAGAGACUGGUCUAAUGCUGGAAUUGCACCUAGAUCUUUGCUUUCGUAUCAUUAUAUACUGGUGCUGUGUUACAAUUGUAGAGUCGUGCAGAUGCUUCUCCAGUGUUGAAUUAUCCAUGAUUGAGAAAACAUUAGAAUUGCGCAGGCGUUGAAAAUUGGAAACAGCUACAUAGGGAAUUCGACUUUUUAGGUCGACAGCGGUAACAACCGAGUCAAAGAUCUUGUAAUUCCUGUAGUUCAUUGCACGAGGUUGAGAUACCAGCAAUGUUGUCAUUUCUCCGUCUUGGAUGUAGGCCUCCUGCAAAAUUUGCGGUAUUCAAUCAAGCAGUCUUCUCCUCUCAUUUCCACCACCGCAAACGAGUUCUCCAUAUAUAGGGGUGUACAUUCGUGUUCGAUUUUUUGGGUUUAUUCGAAAGUGAUUCGAUUAGAUACAUUUUCUGG